GAAUUUUCUGCCUUCGAUCGACGAUUUCUAUGACACGCCAGUUGACUUGGAAUAAAGUUGUAGUCUUGCGUUACCCGCGAAGCCUCUCUCUCUCUCACCCACACACACACCCUCACACAAAAAACACAGACACACAAUCAUUCACCAUUUCUUUGUAUUGAACUCGGUCCUCACUCUCUUAGGACGUAGAUUGACUUCUGCUAUUCUGGAUUGUUGUUUGUUUAUUGGGUUUUUCAAGCUGUUGAAAGUUAAACCGCAAGACAGAAAGAGUGUGGAAGAAGUGCAGGGAAAAAAAGUCUGUACGUAAAACCCAUUUAGUGGUUGAACAGGAAAGAUUGAAUUUUUUUUUCCUUGGUCAUUAAAAUCAAGAGAGAAAGUUUGUAUCUUUUUCUCCGGUUCUUCUUCGCCUAAAGCCAUGAUCCAGAUUGUCUGAAGAAACUCCGACAUCAGUUAGAGAAGGAUAAAGACAAGGAGACCUUUCAUAGAUGGGGAUUUGUUGGGGUUCUCCAGCGGAAAGCCCAACAACUAUCACCACUGAUCAUAUCAGUACAGUGAUAUCCAACAAAACAAGCAAUACAGCAUCUUCUUUGGGCAGCACUAACAUCUCUCGGAACAGCCUUUUCUCAGCUUCAAGCGGUGAUGAGUCCUACCCAAAUGGGCAGAUUUUGCCCCACCCCAACUUGAGGGUUUUCAGCCUUUUGGAAUUGAAGGCUGCAACCAAGAAUUUCAGACCCGAUACAUUGCUUGGAGAAGGUGGUUUCGGCAAAGUAUUCAAAGGCUGGCUCGAUGAGAGGGAGAAGGGACAGGGAAGGAGUGGCAAUGGAACUGUUAUUGCUGUAAAAAAAUUGAAUUCUGAGAGCUUGCAGGGAUUUGAGGAAUGGCAGUCAGAAGUAAAUUUCCUGGGAAGGCUGUCUCACCCUAACCUCGUGAAAUUGUUGGGAUACUGCUGGGAAGAAAAGGAGCUUCUCCUUGUUUAUGACUUUGUACAAAAGGGCAGCUUGGAAAACCAUCUUUUUGGAAGGGGUGCAGCUGUUCAGCCCCUUCCAUGGGACAUUCGGCUUAAAAUUGCCAUAGGAGCGGCUAAAGGCCUUGCGUUUCUGCAUACAUCCGAGAAGCAAGUGAUUUACAGAGAUUUUAAAGCCUCAAACAUACUGCUUGAUGGGUCCUAUAAUGCCAAGAUAGCAGACUUUGGCUUGGCAAAAUUUGGUCCUUCGGACAGUCAAUCACAUGUGACAACCAGGGUUAUGGGAACAUAUGGUUAUGCUGCUCCUGAGUAUGUUGCUACAGGACAUCUAUAUGUGAAGAGCGAUGUAUAUGGUUUUGGUGUCGUUCUGGUUGAGAUGCUGACAGGUUUGCGUGCACACGAUACAAAUAGGCCAAGUGGCAGACAUAAUCUGGCUGACUGGAUCCAGCCAUAUUUAUGUGACAAAAGAAAGUUGAAGAGUGUGAUGGACUCUGGACUGGAUGCCAAGUAUCCCUCAAAAGCUGCUUUUCGAAUGGCGCAACUUGCCCUGAAUUGUCUUGGACCAGAACCCAAGCACCGGCCAUCAAUGAAAGAAGUGGUGGAAGCAUUGGAACGGAUUGAGGCAGCAUAUGAGAGACCACUAGAGCCUAGAAGCCAUUCAGACCUUCCUACAAACCAGAGACACAGCCGGCAGCAGCCUUUGCAGCAUCGUUCUGUGCUUCAUCCGAGGCAGGGUGGAAACGGAUAUCCGCCCCGAUUGAAGUAAAGCCUUGUGAUGGGCAGCGAUUGUGUUACUCUGUUGAAAACCCUGCAUUGAGUUUUGGUGGUGUUAUAAAUGUCUAAGACCAUGAAUGUGGUAGUGGUUAUUUUGGUAGGUUUCAUUGAGCAUCAGUUGAGAAAAUUCGUUAGAAUUGUUUGUACUUGUUUAAAUUGAACCUUUUGCAACAUAAAUGAACAGAUAUUUAUCGUAAUCAUUUCCAUUUAGGAUGGAUAGUUGUUUCUUCUCAAGAAGAAUGGAUAGUUUCUUCUUACA